GCCAUGAGAAGAUGAGGCAAGAUGGCGACUAAAACAAGCAAAGAAAGUGCUCCUCCUUUUGAUUGUCCAUCAUGGGCAGGCAAGCCGCCCCAGGGGCUGCAUCUGGACGUGAUGAAGGGAGACAAACUGAUGGAGAAACUGAUCAUAGAUGAAAAGAAGUACUACUUGUUUGGGAGGAACCCAGACUGGUGUGACUUCACCAUCGACCAUCAGUCAUGCUCACGUGUCCACGCUGCCCUGGUCUACCACAAACACCUGAAGAGGGUCUUUCUCAUAGACCUCAACAGCACUCACGGUACUUUCCUUGGACACAUCCGUCUGGAGGCACACAAGCCUCAGCAAGUACCCAUAGACUCUACAAUAUCUUUUGGGGCCUCAACAAGGACGUACACCAUCAGAGAGAAACCCCAAACCCAAGGCACGGCCGGCACAGGAGACAGUAAGACAGGAGAGGACGAGGAGCUGAAAGGACUGCUUGGGCUUCCAGAAGAAGAGACAGAGCUGGAGAACCUGACAGAGUUCAACACAGCUCACAACAAACGCAUCUCCCUACUGACCAUCGAGGAGGGUAAUCUUGAAAUCCAGAGGCCUAAGAGGAAACGGAGGAACUCCAGGGUUACCUUCAAUGAAGAGGAUUCCAUCAUUAACCCAGAGGAUAUAGACCCCUCAGUGGGACGCUUUAGAAACAUGGUCCAGACUGCUGUCAUCCCCAUCAAGAAACGCAGAUCAGAUAGCCAAAACACUCUGGGUCUUGAAGACCUGACCUCGAAACGCAUCCAUGGCUACAGCUUGGGUGGUGGUCUUUACGGGGACUUGCCUCCCACCAGUCAUGAGAACCAGCCAACAGGAGCUCCUGGAGGUGCUGCCAUGCAGGGAGGGCUUCCUCUGCCCUUCCCCAAUCCAGCACCAGAGGUGGACCUGGCCCCAGAGGCUCCCCAGCCCCCUGUCACACUCAACCCUACCCCUGUCACAGCCCCUUAUCUACCAGAGACCCACAACGAGCCACGCAAAAAGAAGUAUGCCAAAGAAGCUUGGCCGGGCAAGAAACCCACCCCGUCACUACUCAUCUAAUCAGUUUGAUAAAGCUGCUGACUCUCAGGUUACCAGCAGAUACAUCAGGGACUGUGACCUGGCAGAGGUGGAGUCGUUCACUUCUCAAUCUUCUUUUUUUUUUUUUUUGUUGUGUUACUCAUCACCAUCCUAAAAAGGCACCACGUUUCCAUGUGGUCUGUCACAAGAUAUCAUUUACACAUUGCCUAGUCUUUUGAUAAGUUGGCCAGCAAACAGCAGAAGCUUGUUGAUUGCCAACAAACAUUUGAGCGUCACAGUGGCAGUUACAUACGUUUGUCUGUGAGUGACAGGCUACAUGGAUACGAUGGGUCAUGAGUUAUGUUUUUAAUGUUUUGGAUGUGAUGUCAGAUUUUUUUUUUUUUUUUUACUAAACACGUUUCAACAUUUUUUUUCACUCCUUAAGUGUUUUGAUAAUUCUGUUAAAGAAAUGGCAAAAAGUACUUUUAUAUAAAAUAUAUUAUUGUGAGCAGUCAGGUAAGUCUCAGAAUCCAGACAUAAGGUCAGUUCCUAUCAAAACACAGGGCUGCUUUUCCGUUUGAAAACCUAUUGACAUAAUGUGAAACAUUUCCAUUACGUGUAUUAGACCAAUGUGACAUCAACUGAAGUGUAAACAAGCCACUAGAUGGUGACUUGUGCACAAAGGUCAGAGUUUUCAGUGAGGUUUGGCUGCAGACUUGCAGGUAUAAUUGUUUACGGCCUGUCGGUCCAGCCUUAACAUUGUCGAGAAUCUAUAUGUGGCACCCGGUGAAGGUGGUGCUGCAAGCUUCGUAUUAUUCUUUUGGAUUCUUGUUUUCUACGUCCGGAGUUAAUUGAACUGUUGUUAAGUAGUAACAGAAUAUAGCAGAAUUCGUAUGGCAGCACAGGAACAAAUACCAACUUCGCUGCAACAUUAAAAAGGUAGUAAAACAGAAAAGAUCGGAUUUAGUAUGUUUUAAUGGUCAUCUAGUGUGUUAACAUUAAUUCACAUGCAGCAGAGCACAGUGCAGUUUAUACAGUAUACUGUUUAUAUUUAGUUUGCCCUGAACUGACUUGAGACAUAGGAACUGUGUUUUUGAACAGCAGCAUAAAAUCAUAGUUAGCCGUGUCAAACAUGUAGUGAACAGGUACACUAUGUAAUUGGUUUAUACAGUGUACUGCGAAUGGAAAGAUCCCAUGAAAUGGUAUUCUUAAUUUUUAAGGUGCAUAUUUGCUUUUAUUCACAGGUAGAGAGGUAACAGGAAAUGAAUGAAUGAAUGAAAAUGAAUAUUGUGGUCACAGUAUACAGUACGCAUCUUAACCACAAUGCCACCAAGAUGCCUCUUUGUACACCCUUUUGGUGGAGCCUGUAGGCAGGACAUUAGACUGUAAGGUAUCAGUCCUACUGUAAACAAAGAAGCUACUAGUUAGUAGUUAGUUGUACUUAGGUACAGCGUGAGGUUACCACUAAAGAUGAGCUGUUUUCUUGAAAAUUAAAGUAGCCAUUUCAUGGGAUCUUUAAGUAAGUGAAAGCUCAGAGAUCAGAAUUCCGCAUAAGACGAGGUGUUUCACUUUUACAAACUGUGCUGGUGACUUUUUGUCCUUGUGGGAGUGUGGAUUUUGUAAUCAUAUGACUGUAAAUAAAAAAUGAAUUACUUUUGACUCGUAA